CGGGAGUUGGUUCUGUUUCCAAACAGGAGGGCAGACAUUGUUGACUCACGUGUGUGGUUAUUUCAUGGCUUUUUCAGACCUACAGCAGCAACUUGUUCAUAAUGAAGAAAACGUUGUCUGAGAGGAGCAGCUGUAGAAGCCAGAAAAGGAGCUACAGCAUAGAUCAGGAGGAACUAGAUUCUCCUCAGAUUAAAAUAUAAGUUGAGGAGUCAGGAACUCCACAGAUUAAAGUGGGACAAGAGGAUCCAGAAACCAGGCACGUUGAAGUUGACGAGGAAGAAACAAAAAUGCCACAAGUUAAAGAGGAAGAAGAGGAAGUAAAAGUUCUACAAGUCAAGGAGGAAGAGGAGGGACUACUAAUUCGACAAGUUAAAGAGGAGGAGGAAGAGGGAGUAGAAAUUCCACAAGUUAAAGAUGAAGAGGGGGAACCAAGAUUUCCUCUUGUUAAAACUGAAGAGGAGGCUCCAGGACGUCCUCAAAUCAAAGAUGAAGAGGAUAUCUUCACCUGUGAGGACAGAAAGCCGCUCACACUGAAGCAGGAGACUGCUGACUUUCUUCAAAUGCAGAGAGAAGAAAUAUCUGACAAUAAUGCUGUGCAGCUUGGUGAACUGGAAGCCGGAAGAAAGCAACCAAUACCCCGGCUCGCUACUACGGCAUAUACGGCCAAAGAGCCCAAACAGCGAAAAACCGUGGAAGAGAAGAAAGCAACCAAACGUCUUCAAGACCAGAAACGAUCCCAGCACCGAAUAAACCUUGGUGCCGCGUUUACAAGAUGGAGAGCGCUGCGGGACCGUCUCGGCAUAACUUUGGACCAACAACUGGCUGUAUUGCUUCUGGACAGCGGGUGUCUCUUCUCUCCUCUGCUUUUCUGAUGACAUCCUUGCUGGUGGUCCGCCAAUCAGAGCGUUCGGACGUGGCUGACUCCAGAUAUGAGGUAACAACAGUAGCAUCCACACCGAUGAAACACGCAACGAAAUCAGGAUUGCCACUGCCAUCAGCAUCCAGCACUUCAUCUGAUUCACCUUCAGAACAUGCUCAAGACUUCGCUGUUGCUGGUGUUGAAGAGCUUGAAAAGGUUCCAGUGGAGGGGGCGUCCUUACAGCAGCUGGAUGCAAGUAUGACACCACCGGGCUUGAAUGCAAGCGACUUAGAUCAUGAGGAGUUCAGUGACAUCCAGAAUGCAACGUUGGUGACACCGCCCCACAACAGUUUUUGUUCAGCCCCCCGGAAAAUUCCAAGCUGCUGUGUUUCAGUAAACAUGGCGAAGGAACAUGCGAAGCCUGGCAGCUGCUCUGUUGUCGGCUGCACUAGCCAGCACAGAAGUCUGUUUUUACCUCCUUUGUCUGAGGGUUUGAGGGCCCAGUGGAUUAAUUUCAUUUUCGAGGGAGAUGCACCCGCAAGUACGCCUAAAAAGUUGUAUGUGUGUGCUCACCAUUUCACUCCGGACUGCUUUCACAACGAGGGCCAGUUUACAUCAGGGUUCGCCAAGAUGCUGAAGCUAAAGCAUGGAUCGCUUCCAACUGUCCGUGACCAAGCUGCAAACGGGGAAGCUGUCAGCACAUCAACUGCAACCAUAGAUGUUCGUGCAUCAAGGGAUGCUGCAUGCCAGAUUGACCCACUGGAGACCCAUUCUGUAGGCACACAGCUGUCCUGGAGGACUCUACAGUCUCAUGUCAGAAGUAAAGGUGUCCAGGCUACUGUGUCCUGCAAGAAUUUUGGUGUUGGGACAUCCACUACAGAUCCUUUUUAUUUAUCAACACCAGUAAAGAGACCCUCAAAAAGAUCUCGUCUCGACCUGGACGAGGAGCGGGAGCAGGAUUCUGAUCCACUACAGGGCACCUCUUCAGUAGCAGCUUCAGAAGGGCAGGACUCCACCUAUGACCCUUCAGACUCUGUCUCAUUGACAGAGUCAACAGUUUUGUCAGAUGAAGCAUCCACCCCCAGCCACAAGAUACAAAAAUACAUAGUAUAUGAGAGCUGCCUUUUGGAGUUGUUUGCUGUGUGUCCUGUGUGCAUGCGGGUGUGUGAAGUGAAGACCCGAAAGCUGGGGACAUUCCUGUCCGUGGAGCAGCGGUGCCCCCGUUGUGAAUUCUACAGACAAUGGAAAAGCCAGCCUGUCCUUGGCAGCACUCCAGCCGGGAACCUUCACCUUUCUGCAGCUGUGUACUUGAGUGGAGCAUCUUUCUUCCAAAUUGAACGGGUCUUCAAGGCAAUGCAGCUGCAGUUAUUUCAAUAUGACACGUUUCGCCGGCAUGCCAGAUCCUUCGUUGAGCCUGCAGUCAUUCACCACUGGAAAACAUUGCAGGAUGUGAUGCUGCAGCGGCUCAGUCAGGAGGACAAAGUAAUCGUUGGUGGCGACAUGAGGGCACACUCUCCAGCAGGCCACUCUGCAAAGUUUGGGAGCUACACAAUGAUGGACCUCAAUACAAACAGCGUUGUGGACAUCCAGUUGGUUCAGAGCAAUGAGGUUGGUGGUAGCUACCACAUGGAGAAAGAGGGCCUGAAGAGGAGUCUGGGAUUGUUGGGUGCACGUGGUGUGACCCUCGACUGCAUUGUUACCGACCGUCAUCCACAAAUACAGAAGUUCCUCCGGGAGAGCAACAUCACCCACUACUGUGAUGUCUGGCACAUGGCAAAAGGAAUUUCAAAGAAACUGGAUAAGCUCUCUAAGCUCAAAGAGUGUGAAAAACUCCAGAAGUGGAAGAAAAGCAUCAGUAACCACUUAUACUGGACUGCAGCUACAUCAACCACUGGGCCUGAGAGAGUAGCAAAGUGGACCUCGAUCCUGAACCAUGUGCAAGACAUCCAUACACAUGAGGAUCCUCUCUACCCAGUGUGCCUCCAUGAAUUGCGCCUGACAAGGGACGAAAACAAAUGGCUUUCAGCAGCAACUCCUGCCUUCUACAAGUUGGAGAAGCUUCUGAUAAAUGAAAGGACUCUGAAGGAUGUUGCAAAACUUAGCCCCUACCACCAGACUUCAUCUUUGGAGGCUUUUCACAGCGUCCUCCUUCAGUUUGCCCCAAAGAAUGUGGUCUUUCCAUUUCUUGGAAUGUUGUGCAGACUCUACCUGGCUGCUAUGUAUUAUAAUGAAAACGCCAACCGACCACAAGCCAAAACAAACGAAGGCGUUCCCCUCUUCACGGUCCACUUUCCAAAGGCCAUGAAGGGAGAAUGCAGCGCAAAACCAUUAAAGACAGAGCCAACAUUCCGGUAUGUUGCGGAGAUGAUGGACCUCAUUUUUGAAGAAAUCUUCAAGGAUCCGGCACCAUACACAGAGGCAGUCCUGGGCAUCCCAUUCCAGAGGACCUAACUGCACCGUUCGAGCGGCCUGACACAGAGGAGGUCAUUGCCAGUCAUGUGUCCCGCUUCAAUCAAGGCCAAGUUUAAAUCCCACGUUAGUGACCUUAAGCAUCAGGAAGCUGUGAGCGGAUGCGAAGGACUGCACAAGGUGGAAUGACGACGCGGAUUCUGCGUCCCAGGAAACCCCAGCACCAGCUCACAAAGCUGCGAUAUGCCAAAUACCAGUAACGACUACAAACAAUUGGACAAGGUAUUUAGUCUUGCAAAUACUUCUGUAUAGUGUGUGUUACUUUUUUUUUUUCUUUUGUGCACUGCCUGCUAGGCUGGCCCCGUGUUAUGGCUUAUAUGUAAAUUGUUUGAUGUCAAUAAAUGCUUGUCUACAGAAGUGACUCUGUGAUUACAUGAAUGAUGUACAGACCAACGGCUUUUGGAAGAAAUAUGCCGUCUUAAAAAAAAGCAAAAUCAAUUCACAUUCAUCACGUUUUCUUACAAUUGUAAGAUUAUGCUCAAUGAAGCAAAGCAAGACUAUAUUUUUGAUUUAGAUACGCACUCAAACAAAAACACAUAAAUACACA